AUGUUUCGCUUCACAUCUUCGUUCCUCACAACCUUCAUAUACCCAAUUACAUUCACAGCUAGAAUCAUACCUAAGCAUCCCUUCUUCAGCACCCUCGGCGCCCUCUCAAAGAGCCUCCCACCCCGUCCAAAGCCCCCACCAGACUCCGAAAUCGAAGAGUCCUACCUCAAAGGCAGCGGCCCCGGCGGCCAAAAGAUCAACAAAACCAAUUCGGCCGUCCAACUAAAGCACAUCCCCACCGGCAUCGUCGUCAAAUCCCAAGCCACUCGAUCCCGCAGCCAAAACCGCAAGCUAGCCCGGGAAAUUCUGGCGCAGCGGGUUGACGAAUUCAUCAAUGGCGACCAGAGCCGCUCAGCGGUGGUCGGGGCGAUAAAGAAGAAGAAAUCCGACAGCGCAGCCAAAAAGAGUCGACGAAAGUACCGGCUGCUAGACGAGGAAAAGGAAGAAGCUACCACCAUUGAGAAUGGCCCGAUAGAGAUUCCCGAGCUGAGUAACGACACAAGACAAGAUACAAGCAGUCAUGACGGUAAUCCGACCACUGGUAGCAGUCCCCAAUCAGGGCACGAGUCUCCAGGUGGAAAGCAUGACAGUUAA